AUGGACAUCCUUCAAGCUUGCGAAGAUCUUGCUAAUAACAUUGCCUCUUUCAAUCCCUUCGAAUGCUCCGACGCUGAGAUCCCCAAGGAGCAAAUACAGCGAUGGCAGCAUCUCUUUGGUUUUGCAGAAGAGGAAGCCAUCAAGGAACUCGGCAGUUGGAGGGCCGACUUAGGGCGCACAUCCAUCCCCUUCUUGGCUUGGCAGGAGAUCAGCCAGGAGAAAAAACGUCUGGGGUACGAUAAGCAAGCGUACGAAUACAGCUUGUCUUCUCGAUGGCUAUACCGCCAAGCCAAGGCCCAGAGCCCUACUUCGUCGUCUUCUUCUUCCAAGACUCAAGCAGAGAGUAUAUACCUUGUGAAGCUAGAAGGUAGCAUUACCUCCGCCGCCGCUCUUCAGCGACUUGCAGAGCUCCCGGCGCUCCCGGAAAUCAAGACGGAUCAGGGAGAUACAACCGAAUCGUUUGCUGUCAUUAACGGUAAAGACAAAGAAAAAAUCCUGGCAAACCUACCAACAGGAAGCUCAACAACCAUUAUCUCAAUAUCAAGAGCCCGCAAGGAUCUAUCCCACGACUCAGCCUAUCCAACCUUGGGCCUCGACACCACUUUACCACAAAAUAGGUCUUCUCCUCCUAUUGCUGAUCACCAGAAGCCCCAACCGGGUAAUGAAGACUACCCUGUCUGGUAUUUCUUCUAUGGCACCUUGGCAGACGGAGAUCGUGUAGGCCGACUUCUGGGUCCCGACCACUCUGUGUCUCUCAUACCAGCAUGGACUGUAGGUGGGCGCCUUGGGACGUGGGCAGGUAAAUACAAAGCCCUUGUGGACGACUUUGGCGGAGGAAGUGUUCAUGGACAUGGAUUUCUGGUACAGGACAAAGAGGCAGAGGAUGCCCUUCGAUACUAUGAAACGGGUGCCUACGAGGUAGUCAGAUGUGAGAUCCACCUCGUGACCCAUGGUGGAGUGAACAUGGUCAAAGGCUUGACUUUUCGGUUCACUGGUGGCAACCUGGAAGAAUAA